GCCAGCUGUCUAACAAUCAGCCCUGCAGGACUUUGGAGAAAAGUGUAAACAUUCACAAGGUUGAAGGAUCCACCCUGGAGAGAGAGAACCUGAACAGAGUGUUGGGGGCAGUCUCCUGAGCUUCAGAGAGUCUUGCCUUUCUUCCUUUCUGCACCCAGUGAAUGACCUCACCUGGGCAGCGUCUUGGCCUGUGAAGAGGAUAAAGUUAGAUGUGAUUUUGUUUCUUAUACAAGCUGAAGUGACGCUGGCCUUGAGGUUGUUCCUUCCUCCACCUCCCAAGUGUUAGGAUUGCAAGAGUGUGUGAGCAGGUCCAGCUUUCCGGUGACAUCUCCUGUAAGCUCAGCACAGAAGGCAAGACUAUGUUUCAGGAAAGCAAAUAGACUUAACUGAGGAUGUCUGAAAACCUUGACAAGUCCCAUUUAAGUGAAGCAGGAGAGUCAAAGCCGGAUGCCUCUGAGCAAGGCCUGGAAGGAGCUCUGGAGUGCUCUGAUGAAGCCUUACAGAAAAGAAUAAAGGCAGAUUCACCCAGUCCCCAGAGAGUGGGAAGACCUCACUCUAGCCCUUCUCGGCUUGUCACUGUAGAGGAACUUCUAGAAACAGCAAAAGGAGUCACCAACAUGGCUCUGGCCCACGAAAUUGUAGUAAAUGGAGACUUCCGGAUCAACGCUGUUGAGUUAGCAGAAGGCAGCUUGGAGAAGAGAGUAAAGGAGAUUGUGCAUAAAGCAUUCUGGGAUUGUUUGAGUGUCCAGCUAAGUGAAGAUCCCCCAACAUAUGACCAUGCCAUCAAACUUGUUGGAGAGAUCAAGGAGACUCUGUUAUCAUUCUUGCUGCCUGGUCACACUAGACUAAGAAACCAAAUAACAGAAGUAUUGGAUCUGGAGCUGAUAAAACAAGAAGCAGAGAAUGGGGCCCUAGACAUUUCCAAGCUGGCAGAAUUCAUUAUUGGCAUGAUGGGGACAUUGUGUGCACCUGUUCGAGAUGAGGAAGUUAAAAAGCUAAAGGACAUUAAGGAAAUAGUGCCUCUCUUCAGGGCAAUAUUUUCUGUGUUGGACCUAAUGAAAGUAGACAUGGCUAACUUUGCUAUCACCAGCAUUAGGCCACACCUCAUGCAGCAGUCGGUCGAGUAUGAGAGGAAGAAGUUUCAGGAAGUGUUGGAGAAGCAGCCGAAUUCCCUGGACUUUGUCACCCAAUGGCUGGAGGAGGCCUCAAAUGACCUUUUGACUCAGAAGUGCAAACAUGCCCUGCCGGCUGGGGGAGGGGCUGCUGGCUCUGGGGAUGCUCCAGUGCUGACCUCUGUUUCUGUCCAGAAUUAUGCCUAUCUGAAGCUUCUGAAAUGGGACCACUUUCGGAGACCUUUCCCCGAGACCAUUUUGAUGGACCAGUCUCGUUUCCAAGAGCUCCAGCUGCAGCUGGAACAGCUGGCCAUCCUGGGAGCCGUGCUGCUGGUCACCUUUAGUAGUGCCGCACCUGGACUCUCUGGCCAGGCCGACUUUGCCGAGAAACUCAAGAUGACGGUGAAGAUUCUGCUAACGGACAUGCACCUGCCUUCCUUCCAUCUGGAGGAUGCCCUGACUUCCAUUGGGGAGAAGGUGUGCCGGGAGGUGAGCAGCUGCCUCUCCCUGUGUGGAUCUUCCCCGUUCUCCAUCAAUAAGGAGACUGUGCUCAAGGGCCAGAUUCAGGCCCUGGCCAGCCCUGACGACCCCAUUCGCAGGAUCAUGGAGUCCCGGAUCUUGACCUUCUUGGAGACAUACCUUGCCUCUGGUCAUCAGAAGCUCUUGCCUACAGUGCCUGGGGGAUUGGGUCCCAUUCAGAAAGAGCUGGAAGAAGUUGCCGUGAGAUUUGUGCGCCUGGUCAACUAUAACAAGAUGGUGUUCUGUCCUUACUACGAUGCGAUCCUCAGUAAGCUCCUCCGCUCUUGAGGUGCAGCUGCCGCAUGCCCACCUCAUCUCAGACCCCUGCAAUGCCCUCGCCGGCAUGUGGUACAUUUCCUGUUUAAUAGCGCUGGUUCCAAAGGGAAGACCGUCGUGUCGCGGGUGAAAAGGCUUAAGAAUACACCGACUUCUGUUUUGAGGACAGUCUUUAUGAGUGCAAGUUUACAAACCCAAGAAGCUUUCGUUCUCUUGAGUUUAUAGUAGCACUUAGCUUUCAUUAGUGGGCUGCCUGUCUCUCUUGCUGCAACAGGUUGGAGGUGCCACUUCUCCCAAGGGGCCUGGGACCAGCCUCUCCUGUGGGUCAUUCAUUCUCAGAUGUUCCAUGCUGACAGUUGUAAGCUAUGACUUGACCUUUUGUCCCGUUUCCAGCAUUGCUCCCCUACUCUUGCUGUGGGUGCUCCAUGAUCGGGCUGUCUCCAGCCUUACAGUGUCCUAUCCCACUCUUGCCCACCUCUGCCCAUUUACUGUUUCUCGGCUCUGGCCUAACCAGUGUUCCAGAGCCCUUUUGUUCUACACCAGAGUUACUUGAUAAUUUAUUUUGUCUUAUUUUAUUAUUACUAUUAUUGAAAGAGCAUCUCUCUAUACAUACUCCUGGCUGGCCUGGAACUUGCUUAUGUAGAGCAGGCUGGCCCCAGACUUGCAUCAGUCCUCCUGCCUCUGUCUCAUAAAUGCUGAGGUUCCAGGCCUCUGCCACCACACCCAGUGGCUAUGACAUGGUUUUUAAAGGCUUGUUUGGUUGGCUUACGAUGUAGUACAGUGGUCAGUGACUGCCUGGCCUGCACAGGCCCUGGGAUCUAAACAGUGGAAGAUGUUAUGUGCACAAGCAUACAUGACACCCCUUCACCACACACAGCACUGAGAAGCCAUAGCCCCCGUAGCAUCGGUUACUUGAAAGGUCGGAGGAUUGUUUGUGCCCAGGAGCAGCUUAAGUAACAGACUCCAAAUUAAAAUAAGAACAGAGCCAGGCAUGGUGGCAUACCCCUUUAAUCCCAGCACUCAGGAGGCAGAGGCAGGUAGAUCUCUGCAUUCAAAGCCAGCCUGGUCUACAGAGUGAGUCCAGGACAGCCAGAGAGAGAUACAUAGAGAAACUGUGUCUCGAAAAACAAAACAAAGAACAGAAAUACUGUUCUUUCUAUAGAAGUGCUCCUGAGCCAUGAUGGCGGCAGUUGAAGCUUACGGUAUGGUAACAUACCACAGCUUACCAGGUAUGGUGACAUAUGCCUGUAAUUUUAGCUCUCUGGAGGCCAAGGCAACAGAAUUGCAAGGUGAAGGCUAACCUGGACUAUAUAACGGGAGCCUCAUUCAAAACCACAACAGUGACCUAUGAAGUCUAAAGAAAUGAAAUUAUUUUACUUUAAUCCUUAAAAGAGAGGUGUUUAUAGUUUAGUAUAAGAGGAAAGAAGAGAAUUCACUGAUGAGAACACAGAUGUGCUGAUGGAAUUCUAAUUGAGAAAUUAGAUUUUAAGUGUUAGAGGGAACAGCCCAACCUCACUGUCUAGAUAAGGAAGUAAGAAGAGUCCUCAGUAUUUGAGCAGAAUUCCUGACACAUCGUGUGCCAUGAGAGUGCUUUGAUGUGGUACAGAUGAUCUGUUAAAUUUUAUAUUCUAAUGUGUGUGUUUUAGACAGGGCAUUAUGGUAGAAGCAGAGCCAUGAGGGUGGAGUGAUCUCCAGCUGGAUCCCUGAGCACCAGGGACUGAAAACUGUCCAGUAAUGCCAGGCUUCAGGAGAGGGUGUGGUGAGCCCAGCCUGGGAAGUAGAUCCUAAUGCUUCAGAGGCUGAGGCAGAAGGCCAGCCUGGGCUGCAUAGCAAGACCCCCCUCCUGAAAAAUAAAUAAACAAGUAGAACGAUG